AAUGAUGAUAAGGUUUUAAAAUGGACAAAGACUGAUUCAAAUUAUAAUGAGGACAAGACAGAUUUGGAUUUGGAUGAGAUAGACUAUAACAAUUGCAAUAUUGACCCAAACAUUGAAUUAUUGGAGAAACAGAUACUGGUACAAACUGAUGAACAUCGAGCAGCUUUAACACCAAAUACAAGCAAACAAUUAAUUCAAAAUGGUAGUGAAUUUUUCCCCAAUGUCACUUCGUUGAACUUUUAUGCUUUUCAAUCUGGAACUUGGAAAACAGCUCCAUCCGACGCUUACAUUAUAGGUUUAAAGGAAUUACCAGAAAAUGACGAUUCACCUCUUUCUCAUACACAUAUUUAUUUUGCACAUUGUUAUAAGAAUCAAUCUGGCUGGCAAAAUGUUCUAAAAAGGUUUAUCAAUGGCAAAGGAUUGCUUCUUGAUUUAGAGUUUUUAAAUGAUGAAAAAGGUCGUCGUGUUGCUGCAUUUGGUUAUCAUGCAGGGUUUGCUGGAGCAGCUAUUGGACUAGAUGUUUGGGCACAACAAAUUCUUCACCCCAAACAAAAAUAUCCUAGUGUUAACCCAUAUCCAAACGAAGAUGAUUUAAUUAAACACAUAAAAAAUCGGUUGAAUGGAGCUGUAGCGCAUAGUGGAGUUUCACCUCGUAUUUUGGUUAUGGGAGCAUUAGGUAGAUGUGGUAAAGGUGCAUGUGAUAUUUCUCAUAAUGUUGGAAUUGACAAAGAAAAUAUUAUUAAAUGGGAUAUUGAAGAAACAAAAAAAGGAGGUCCAUUUUCAGAAAUUCUUGAUGUUAAUAUAUUUGUUAAUUGUAUCUAUCUUAGUCAAAAAAUUCCUCCUUUCAUUACAAAAGAAAUGCUUGAUCAAAAAAGGAACCUUUCAGUGAUUGUAGAUGUCAGCUGUGAUAUAACAAAUCCCAAUAACCCUGUUCCUGUUUACAACAUUAGUACCACAUUUAAAAAUCCAACAGAAUUGAUUGAAACAAAGAAUCCAAAGCCUCUUGAAGUUAUUUCUAUUGAUCAUUUGCCAACUUUGCUUCCUAAAGAGAGUAGUGAACAGUUUAGUAAAGAUUUAUUGCCUAGUUUAUUGGAAUUACAAAAUAGAACAAAUUCAAAUGUAUGGUUGAAUGCUGAAAAAUUAUUUGUUGAGAAAAUUGCUUUGGUUGAUUCAUAA